CUAUCUCCAAAACCCUCGCUCUCUCUUACAGAGGUGAAAACCAGAUUAUUCGUCCGCAGCUACAACAGACCACCCACAACCAUGGCCGUCACGCCGUCGUACGAAGCCGAGCAACCUGCCGCCGGAGAAUCCGCCUCCACCGGGUAUGACCCUAAUUAUGUACCCGAUUCAGUGAAGUCGUUCGUUGUCCACAUGUACCGCCACAUACGGGAGAAGAAUGUGUACGAGAUCCACCAGAUGUACGAGACCUCGUUCCAGAGCAUCAGCGAGAGGCUCUUCAAGGAUUCCCCGUGGCCUUCCGUCGAUGCGGUGGCGUCGUACGUUGACAACGAUCAUGUUUUCUGCUUGUUGUAUCGCGAGAUGUGGUACCGCCACUUGUACGCCCGCCUUUCGCCCACGCCCAAGCAGCGGAUUGAUUCGUGGGAUAACUAUUGCAGUCUCUUCCAGGUUGUGUUGCAUGGUGUGGUGAAUAUGCAACUGCCAAACCAGUGGUUGUGGGACAUGGUGGACGAAUUUGUGUACCAGUUCCAGUCAUUCUGCCAGUAUCGUGCCAAAAUGAAGAGCAAGACUGAGCAGGAGAUUGCACUUCUUCGACAGUAUGAUCAGGCAUGGAAUGUCUAUGGUGUCCUAAAUUUCUUACAAGCACUCGUGGAGAAGUCUAUGAUCAUUCAAAUCCUGGAGCAAGAGAAGGAAGGACUUGAACAGUUCACUGCUACUGAUGGAUACGAUUACAGUGGAGGAAGUAAUGUCUUAAAGGUGUUAGGGUAUUUUAGCAUGAUUGGCCUGCUGAGAGUUCACUGUUUGUUGGGUGAUUACCACACUGCCCUCAAGUGCAUAGUUCCAAUCGACAUAACUCAACAAGGCGUCUACACCAGUGUUAUCGGAAGUCACAUCACUACUAUUUAUCAUUAUGGAUUUGCAAAUCUUAUGCUGAGAAGGUAUGUGGAGGCAAUACGGGAAUUUAACAAGAUACUGCUUUACAUUUUCAAGACUAAGCAGUAUCAUCAAAAAUCUCCACAAUAUGAGCAAAUAUUGAAGAAAAAUGAACAGAUGUAUGCCUUGCUUGCUGUAUCUCUUUCUCUUUGUCCCCAAGUGAAGCUUGUUGAGGAGACUGUAAACUCCCAAUUGCGAGAAAAAUAUGGCGAGAAAAUGUCGAGGAUGCAGGGAUAUGAUGAUGAUGCAUUUACUCUUUAUGAUGAGCUCUUCUCAUAUGCAUGCCCAAAGUUCAUCACUCCAUCUUCUCCUAGCUAUGAGGAGACUCUUGUCAACUACAAUCAGGAUGCUUACAGACUACAAUUGAAGUUGUUCCUUUAUGAAGUGAAACAGCAACAACUAUUAUCAGGGGUCAGGACAUUCUUAAAAGUGUAUUCGACAAUCUCCCUUGGAAAGCUUGCGGCUUACAUGGAAGUCGAUGAGCCUACCUUAAGGACAAUUUUGAUGACAUACAAACACAAGACACAUUCUGUAGACUCUGAUGGAAAAAUCACCUCAAACGCAGAUCUCGAUUUCUACGUUGAUGAUGACAUGAUUCAUGUUACGGAAUCCAAACCAGCAAAAAGAUACGGGGAUUACUUUAUGCGACAAAUUGUUAAGCUUGAAGGGAUAAUGACUGAUAUCGACAGGAUAAAGUUGGAGUAACCAUAAAAAUCCUUUUUCUUUUUUUUUUUUUAAAUUAUUCCGAUUUGUUUAGGUACCAUCCUUGUUGUCUUAUUCAGAUUUUGAAAUGUUUUUCAUUCAGAAAUUAUUUUUCAACUUUUGCAAUGGACUUGGAUCAAGUUUGUCGAUUCUUUUCUAUUGUUGUUGAGUAUGCCAGAAAUGAAUUACCUCAAUUACGGAGGUUAAUUCGUAAA